GCCUAUAGCGAGCUGCUGCGGGCCAAGUCCCAGCUGGAGGAGGAGAAGGGGCGGCUGGAGCGAGAGAAAGAGGAGCUGGGGAGGCGGCUGGAGACCAGCACCCAGGAGAUCACCCGGCUGCAGGCCACCCGCUGCCCCCCCGGUAGAGAAGGGCCCGGCCGCGACACCCUGCGUGCUCCCGGCAAAGCCCCCCGCUGGGUCCCACAGCCCCUCACCUACCAGGAACUGCAGUCGGAGAGAACGGAGGUUCCCGUGUCCCGGCCGCUGGAGGAGAUGGCACUCGGCCGCCCAGGGAGCAAGGACUCGGGCUGCGGUGAGCUGGUGUGGGUGGGGGAGCCUGUCGUCUUCGGCCGGGCAGAGUCCUUCGCCGGCAAGUAUGGUGUGUGGAUGAAGGACCCUGAGCCUGUGCCCCCCUUCACACGGGAGACCACCUGGCGUGUGGAUGCGGUGGGCGCAGAGGUCCGCCAGCUCUUCCAGUAUGAGGCGGCUGAGCAGCUGGCCCAGGGCUACCCCGCCAAGGUGCACAUCCUGCCGCGGCCCCUGGAGAGCACGGGAGCCGUUGUCUACCGUGGUGGGCUCUUCUUCCAGCUCCGCCGCUCCCGCACUGUGGCCCGCUAUGACCUGCGGGGAGAGGCCGUCACGGUUGAGAGGGAGAUCCCUGGUGCUGGCUACCAUGGGCAGUACCCCUACUCCUGGGGGGGCUACACCGACAUUGAUCUGGCGGUGGAUGAGACGGGGCUCUGGGCGAUCUACAGCACUGAGAAGGCCCGGGGGGCCAUCGUCCUCUCCAAGCUGGACCCCGAGACACUGAAGAUCCAGCGCACUUGGGAAACCAACAUCCGCAAGCGGGGGGUGGCCAACUCCUUCGUCAUCUGCGGCACCCUCUACACUGUCAGCAGCUACUCGGCACACAAUGCCACCGUCAACUUCGCCUACAACACAGCCACCAGCACCAGCCGGGCCCUCAGCAUCCCCUUUGAGAACCGCUUCCGCUACCUCAGCAUGGUGGACUACAACCCUGCUGAGCGGCAGCUUUUCGCCUGGGACAGCUUCAACAUGGUCACCUACCCUGUCCGCCUCUCCCCGGCAUAAGUCAGGGCCAGGGACAUGCCAGCUCAGCCCCUGCAAGCCCCAUAUGUGCCUCAGCACCCCGCUUUGCUCCCCAGCUUCCCCUGGUGUGGCCAGGAGCGCUGCCUUAGAGAGCCCUGAGUGAUGGUGGAGGCCACGUGCUGCCCAGCCACAUUGCCAUUGGGCCACCAACAUCCCUGCUGGCACCUCCAACAACAUCCCAUUGUGCUCAAGUGCAGCAGAGAGAAAUUAAGUCCUCCAGAGCUUGGCUGAGCCAACAAAAAGCCUCUCCCCAGCCUCGGUGGGUUUCAGAUAUGCCAUAGCAAUACCCAGCCCUCAGCUGCUCCAGCAUCCUCCUGGAGCACAGCAACGGCCAGGUGGGGGAGGUGAGGAGAGGCCAUCUGGGAGGAUCACACCUGAAAACAUACACCUUCCCUAGUUGCAAGCAACCAUCCUCUCUGGUGGGCUGGGGUUUGUGUUUCCAGGCUCCAGCUGAGCACAAGCACCACUGCUGCCCUCCAAGCCCCCCUCAGCAGUAGCAGUUUCAGGGAGGUCUCCCCAGUUCAAGCCAGCCUUGUGGAGGAGAGCAGUGUUCACCUACCAACAGCAUCUGAGCUCUCUUGCUGCGAGCCCACAAGCCUCACUGCAUCCCACACCACCGGUGCCUGGGGGCAUACCAGAGCUCAGCCACCUCCAAAAAUCAUUUGGCAGGAUCAACGGCAGUGGGGAAUACGGACACUCAUUGCACAAACCUUGUUUUAUUGGGAAAAAAACCCAAGAGAGCAGCGAUGAGGAGUCCUGGCAGAGCAUCCUGCAGCUGAGUGGCCCCUUGACAUGCCCUGCCCCUCUUGGCCAUGCGCUUCAGCUUUACAGGCUGUGCUUGGCCACCAAUGUGGCACGGCAGCUACAGCCCUGCCUGGCUGGCAGCGCUCCCCACGCUGGGCCAAAGCAUGUGAUUUUAACUAUUUAUUGUAGAAAGUUGGUAGGAUGCUUUUUCUUCCCUCCCCAGCGUUCGGGAGAGCAGCAGCUGCAGCCCCCAGGGGAUGUGCAGGGUCCCAGCCAAAUAAAGGUUGCCCACCACCA